AUGAUUGAAAUAAAGAAGUUUUUGGCUAGUAAUAACAUUAGUGUUGUAGCUUUGUUAGAAACUAAAGUUCAGGAGAAGAAUAGUAGUAAAAUUCAGAAGAAAAUAGGGAAUGUGUGGCAGUGGAUUAUGAACUAUGAGUGCUCUCCUAGGGGAAGGGUUUGGAUUAGCUGGAAGCAUGCUGUGGUUUUAGUUCAGCUUCUUCACAAAACUGAGUUCUGUAUUCACUGUACUGUUGCUACAAAGAAUGGCCUUUUUAGUACUACCUUUUCAGCUGUGUAUGGUUUACACUCUGUUGAUACUAGAAGGCCUAUGUGGAGAGAGAUUACCAACUUCAAUAGUACUGUUACUUGUCCUUGGCUAGUCAUGGGUGAUUUCAAUGCAGCUUUAUUAGCUGCUGAUAGGGUAAAUGGCAAUGCAAUUACUGAGGGAGAAACUAAAGACUUUGAUAGCUGUAUGGAUUCUUCAGGGUUGGCUGAGCUUAAAAGUUGUGGGAGUUACUACUCUUGGAGCAAUAAGGGGCAAGGCAAUUUGAGAAUAUGUUCCAGAAUAGAUAGAGCUAUUGCCAAUGCACUGUGGCAUUCUAAGUUUGUUGAUGCUGUGGUGGAUUACUUGCCUCCAGGAAUUUCUGAUCAUUCCCCUCUAGUUAUGUCUUGUAAUAUUCAUUUGGGAGGAGGUAGUAGACCUUUUAAAUUUUUUAACUAUAUGGCAGAUCAUGCUCAAUUUCUUGAUGUGGUUAGAAAGGGAUGGGAUGUUUCCUGUCCAAGGAGUGGUUCCAUGCUGAAGGUAUGGACUAAGCUGAAAGCAGUAAAGCAAGGCUUGAAGGAGCUUCAUCACAAAGAUUUUGCUAAGCUUGAUGAGAGAAUUGAGGGGUUAAGGGUUGAUUUGGGUCAAAUUCAUACUCCAUUAGCAGCUUGCCCUACUGAUAGUAAUGUGCAGCAAAGUGAGAGGGAGUGUAGUGAGACCCUUAAGAAGUUCUUGCAUAUUCAAGAAAGUGCCUAUAGACAAAAAGCAUGA